GAGAGAGAGAGAGAGACGUCCCAACCAGACGACUUCAGUGUGUGGCGGGACGCGGUGGAGUACGGCAGUCCUGACCCGAGAAGCGAAUUCGCCUUCGUUGUCGUCCACUGCGGUCGGUUCUGUCCGUAUAUCUCUCUCUGUUUGGUCCUCUCCAGAACCCCAGCCUUUAUUCAGUUCUGGCUGUUCACUGCAGUUCUGACCAUUCCAUGACACCCGUAUGUCGACUUUAUGACUUCGACUCUUCAUGGAAACGCCUGCUAGAUGAUUUGAGUAGUAGUGACGGAUUAUAAUUCCUCCUUCUUCUUCUUGGGCAGGUUCGAUAACGAUGUAAAUACGUAAGAUUGUUUAAAACCCCGUGGUUUCCCGCGACCGGGAAAGUGAGGAAAAAUAUCCCACACCAAUGAUAUAUUAGGCAGAUGACUGCUUGAGAUAACACAGCAAACUCAGAUCCAAAUAAAAGAGAAAAAAGACAAAAGAUUAUUUCAGUGGAAGUGCCGUGUUGUGCGGAAAAAUAUUAUUUUUUACUCCCCCCGAGAAUCGACGAUUUUUCCCCUAGACAUUUUUUUUCCCUAGACCGAAUUUUCCCAAUGGAGGCCGCACGAAGAAUGUCGUUACCCUCGUGGCACCUGAUGGUGAUUGUGUGCCUGGGUAUGGCGUCCCUGUCCCUGUCAGGGGCUACCCCUAGCACGUGUCGACAGGACGAACUGACAAUUUAUGAGGUGAUGAUGGAGACUCACUGGAGCCCUAGGGAUUUCCCUAAGCAUUAUCCCGAAUGGCGACCCCCGGCUCAGUGGUCCAAACUCAUAGGUAUGAGCCACGGUCGCCAGUACGUGCUGUUCCGGGCAGGGGAAGUAGCCGAUGCAGCCAUCAAAACUUUUGCCGAAACAGGACGCAGUGACCUCAUCGAACAGAAUGCUCAGCUCAAGGAAGGCGUCUUGGACACGUUCAUCACCCCACCCAUAUCCCAGGGGGUGGGGGACACCCAUUCCCAGGUGUUCGUCGAUGGAAAUCAUUCUAGGAUCUCCCUCAUAUCGAAAAUCGUGCCCUCCCCGGAUUGGUUCGUCGGUGUCGAUAGUUUUGAGUUAUGCGAAGAUGGCAACUGGGUGGACAACGUCAAGAUCCAGGUGGACCCCAUGGACGCUGGAACGGACAACGGCCUCACAUUCACGUCACCAAACUGGCCCACGAGUCCUCCAGAGAAGAUCUUCCGGAUCACGAGCCUCUACCCCAACCAUCCGGCUCAUUCCUUCUAUUAUCCUACGCUCCGGCAUCUUCCUCGCAUUGCUACCUUUACCAUUACCAAGAUGAAGGAAUACAAACUGAGCGAAGAUUUCGACAACUCGAUCAAGGCUCCCUACGACCUCGUCAACCUGGAGGACAUAGCCUACAAACACUACUUCGACCACAAUGUGUGGUAUAAUGAACAAAAACCACCCAAGUCUGGGGAGGUGGAAGAGAAACCGCUCAACGACAGGGAAAAGAACCGUGUCUCCUACAUCACUUCCGGAAGGAACUUCACGCCCAAGGGUGUAGUCGCUUCCAGCACAACCACAAGCCCAAGCCCCACAACCACAACCACCACAACCCCGCUUCCUACAACGGAGGACCCACAACACGCCCACCAUCGCCACCGCUCCCAUCGACUGCCCUCCAGCGAGACCACGACUCCGGAGUGGACAGUCACGGAGCCUGGAAUCCAUAACGCGCUGGAAAACGCCAUUCCGCGUCCGAACACCCCGCCUCAGAGGGCAUCCCAUAAAGGAUCAGCCAUGAGCAACUCAGUAGACGAAGACGACGACGAAACUGACGAGGACGAAGAGACCGCCCUGGAGGAUGCCGAAGGCGGAGGAGGAAGCAGCCCCAGCCACAGGGGCGGCGCUCCUGAAGGUGGGGUGUCGAACCGCGGCCCUUCCUCGCCCUACGGAUCCCGGAACCGGCUGAGUUCCUCGAGCGCCAUGGCGGUCAUCGACGACAUCGUCAAGAACAUCCAGAUGGAGCGAAGGGCCAAGAGGAAGCAAAAGCAGAAGAAGAAGGAGAGGAGGAGGCGCAGGAAGGGACUCAAGAAGAUUCGUCCUCCCCGCGACUGCCGCGUCUCCGAAUGGUCCGAGUGGUCCCCCUGUAGCAUCACCUGUGGCAUUGGCGAACAGACCCGUACCCGGACCAUCGUGAAACACGCCCGACGAGGCGGGAAGGUCUGCCCCGUCUUGGAGGAGACAACUUGGUGUGGGUCGGCCAGAGCUUGCCAGAGAGACUACUUCAACUGGUCGUAAUCGGAAGAGUGAUGGAAGAGGAGGUAAAAAGAAUGAAAGAAAGGUAAUAAAGAAGAAAUGGGAGAGACAUACAAGUGGAAAACAAGCUUGAGAAACGGAAAUUGACGGAAGAGGAGGUAAAAUGAAUGAAAGAAAUGGAAAAAGGGGGAGAAAAAUGGAGAGAGACGAAAGUGGAAAACGAGCGUGAGAAACAGAAUUGGGUACAGAAAUAGGUUCUUUCUUUCCGAGUCGACUGGGCUCGGCGUAGGAAGGAAGGAAAUCGAUCCCACGCUGGGGGAGAAUUUCAACGCCGAAGUGGUAUAGAGGAAUUAGUCAUUCUUCCCCAAAAACCUGCUUAGUGUAGAUUUUUUUUUAUCCGGCAGUAAAGUGCUGGCAAACAAUUGAGACACAAGAAUUUCUUUUUUAUAUAUACAUGAUGUCUUUUAUUAUUAUUAUUAUUUUUAGACGUUCUUCUUCUCCUUCUUCUUCUUCUUCUUCUUCUUUAAUUUGAUCUGUUAUUGGAGGUGGUGUAUUGUGUAAGAUUUCUUCUUUUUGUUAUUAUUAAUUCGUCUAAGUUGGGUAAAGCGAAUUUUAAUAUACACUCACUGGUCGGCAGUAAGUAGGUUGGGUUGCUACUGUGCAAAAACGAUUAGCUGUUAACGAUUUUAGUUUUUUUUUCUGCCAUUUACGAAUUAGUUGUGGUUUGUUCCUGUGCAAAAGAUCAGUUGUUGAUGAUUAUGCUAUUUUCUCUCUUCAUUUUUCUGCCAUUUACGAUUUAGUUGUGUUUUGUUCCUGUGCAAAGAAAUCAGUUGUCGUUGAUUUUAUGAUUUUCUGUUUUAAUUUUUCUGCCAUUUACCAAUUAGCUGGAAAAUGGCGGAUUUCCUUUGUGUCCUUGUAGUCGAAUCACAUGGAAUUAUGGUGGAAUUAUUCAUGUCGAUAGAAUAUAUUAAAAAAAGUUAUUUU